AUGGCCGAGCACUGGAACGUGCCUACCCCCGUCACGGAUGCGCUGCGCGCACUCCUGGUGGCCCUCAAUACGCCCUAUGCGAAUCGCCGUGUCCUCGUGCCGCGCGAGCUGCAGGCGGCGCUCGCGCGCGUCUCGCAGUCCAAUGGUCUCCGGACGCUGCUCGGCGCGCACCAGCAGCAGGACGCACACGAGCUCUGCGUCCUCCUUGUGCAUGCACUCGACGAAGAGCUCGGCGCCGUGCAGCACACGCGCUCCCAGGCCCUGCGCACGGAAGCCGCCGGUCUCAGCGGCCUGGUGGCCCCGUCGCACCUCGUGCAUGGACAGCCCCGCACGCAGCUCGGCGGACCGGGCGAGCGCGUCGCGUCGCCGUUUCGCGGCACGCUCGCGCAGCGCACCGCCUGCGGCCAGUGCGGCUACAUGGAGGCUGUGCGCCACUUCUCGUUCACGGACCUGGACCUCGUGGUGCCCGGCUCCGCAUGCACCCUCGAGCAGUGCCUCGCGGCGUGGUCCCAGCUCGAGCAGAUCGACUGGACGUGCCACCGAUGCAGCCUGCGCGCCACGGACGCGUCCCUCGGCGCAGAGGUGGCGCGCCUUGAGGCCAUGCCACCGACCGCGCGCACCGCACGCCGCCUCGCGCGCGUGCGCCAGCAGCGGCAGCGCGUUGCAGCCGCGCUCCGCUCUGGCGCGCACGAGAGUGAGUGGGAGGCUACACAUGCCGCAGAUCCCCUGCCGCACUCCGGCCGCCACAAAGCAGGUGCUGCUGGCCGCGCCACCGCCGGUGCUGGUGCUGCACCUGAACCGCUCAUCCUUCUCGCUGGGCGCGUAUGGCGCUAG